AACCGAAAACGCACUGUGUCCAGUUCAGCAAGAUAGCGUCUCCACACGUCAGCUUGGGGAGGGCAUUGCUGCUUAAAAUGCAGCGAAUGUGACAGCCAAUAGUCCAGACUGCCAGUGAGGGGAAGGUGAUGGUAAGAAACGUGCAUGACCAGUGAGAAAAAAUGCUAACAAAAACAACGAGCACGCCGGGGCGAGACUGACACAGAGAGCAGAGGCGCGAAAACGAGACGGACCUCUCGAUUCUACAAGUGCUUCCUCUCGCCUUGUUUCCACGGAUUUGAGAACAAAAACACACGCUUUCAGAGGGGGACUGGGAAGCGACAAGGAGCAGGGACAGUGGUGCGAGUAACGUUACCCUUGGGGGGGAAAGAUGACAGUGGUGCCCGGGGAGAACCUGGAUGAGACUGUGGCACUGGCCGCCCUGUCCCAAGAUGUCUACGACCCCGAGAGAGCGGACCAGGAGUGCUGUGAACGGGUGGUCAUCAACAUCUCCGGGCUGCGCUUCGAGACUCAACUGAAAACACUCGCGCAGUUCCCAACCACCUUACUUGGGGACCCCAGGAAAAGAAUGCGUUUUUUUGACCCACUGAGAAAUGAGUACUUCUUUGACAGAAAUCGUCCAAGCUUCGAUGCCAUCCUUUAUUACUACCAGUCUGGUGGCAGACUACGGAGACCUGUCAACGUCCCCGUGGACAUAUUCAUGGAGGAGAUCAAAUUUUACGAAUUAGGAGACGAUGUGAUCGAAAAUUUCAAAGAGGACGAGGGGUUCAUCAAGGAGGAAGAACGCCCGCUACCAGAAAACGAGUUUCAGCGCCAGGUCUGGCUUCUGUUCGAAUACCCAGAGAGCUCAGGACCAGCCAGGGGUAUAGCAAUAGUUUCAGUUUUGGUUAUUUUGAUAUCCAUUGUCAUAUUUUGUUUAGAGACGCUACCGGAAUUCAGAGAGGAAGGGAAAAUCUUUGAGGACCAUCUCUCUAUAAAUGGGACUGUGAGCGCAAAGAAACCAAAUCCAUUCACAGACCCCUUCUUUAUUGUGGAGACGCUGUGUAUCAUUUGGUUCUCUUUUGAACUGCUGGUGAGAUUUCUCGCGUGUCCUAGCAAGCCCGCCUUCUUUAAAAAUAUCAUGAACACCAUCGACAUAGUUGCAAUUAUGCCCUACUUCAUUACCUUGGGUUUGGAGCUUGCUGAGCACCAAGGAAACGGUCAGCAAGCGAUGUCCCUGGCCAUCCUACGAGUCAUUCGCCUGGUGCGAGUGUUCAGGAUUUUCAAGCUCUCCAGGCACUCCAAGGGUCUCCAAAUCCUUGGGAAGACCCUGCAGGCGAGCAUGCGAGAACUAGGUCUGCUCAUAUUCUUCCUUUUCAUUGGAGUCAUACUGUUUUCGAGCGCAGUGUAUUUCGCGGAGACUGACGACCCCGAAUCGGGGUUCAGCAGCAUCCCCGAUGCGUUUUGGUGGGCGGUGGUGUCCAUGACCACCGUGGGCUAUGGGGACAUGUGUCCAGUCACCAUCGGUGGGAAAAUUGUGGGGUCUUUGUGUGCCAUCGCAGGUGUACUGACCAUCGCACUACCUGUCCCUGUGAUUGUCUCCAAUUUCAACUAUUUCUACCACAGGGAGACAGAGCACGAGGAGCAGUUCCAGUACACACAUGUAACAUGUGGUCAACAGCAGCCCUCGUUUGGCGAAUUCAAAAAGAGUGACAGCAAGCCUUCACUCUCCAAAUCAGACUACCUGGAGAGUGACGACGCAGAUUCGAUUAAAUACACGAACUGCAGUCCCCAUAAAGCGUACACGGGAAAGCUAACUGAUGUAUGAUUGUAGAAAUACGCAACAGUGGUACCCAGUGAAACGCGCGUCUCUUCUGACUACAUCCCCAUUCCGCGCUCUGGCCUGAGUAUAUUUUCAAGCUGUUCCGGCAUCAGUAAUGCAAAGGGAAUUAUUUAUUAAGAAAUCAUAACAGAGGACUGAAACGUGGUGUGUCAAUUUUUCUUUUUAUUUCGCAAUGUCUUCCAUUUUACGCAAUCAUCUUUAUCCAAUGCGCGAAGUCUGAUUCAAGCUAAACAUUUCUCUCAGCCUCAAAACAAUGAGAAAAUAUACGAUUAUCAACAAACCAAGCCCAACCUCGCGUUGUAGCACUUUAUUAAUGUACUCUUAGUAAUGUUUAAUUUAUAAAUUACAUGUCAAUUUUGGGAAGAUGUUUACAUUUCAUUUGUUUAUUCGGUGCAGACUGAGAGGACCAAAUUAUCUAUUUAUGUAAAAUUAGCUAAUUAACUAACUAUCUUCAGAGCAAAAAGUACAAGGUCACGUGAGGGAGUAGAAUAACGACUAUAUCACUUGAUCACAUCUAAUGAUUAUGACUGUAGGGGGCCACAUCAUAAUAUUAGAUGCACCGAAUUGGCAGCAUCUAUGCCAUUGUAAUAUUGGAACACAGUGACUGCUAUGUGCCCUUUGGGCAAUGCAUAUCCCCAUCAAAAUGCAGCUGUCACUAAAACGUGAUCAGCAGUCAACAAGGAAACAUGCCACAGCUACUGUAAUCGUCCUCCAAAUUUAGUUGUUGACGUUCAGAUUUUUUUAUUUUUUUUUUGCACCUUGCCUAGGAUUGAUGUCAUUCCAUGGACGACAUGCAAUCUGUUUGGUAUAGUUAUGCUUUGUGGCUGAGGUAUCCUAUCGUUUACAUACAUUAUUGGGCGACGGCUCUUAAUUUAUUGAAAUCUUACUGUAAUAUUGUUGUGGCAUCAAGCUGGCCCCAGGUGCAAGCAAAUACAACUGAAUAGAAAAUCUACAGUUUCCAUUGGGUAUGACUUGGUAAAAGCCCACGUGUAAAGGAAGAAUGCAUUAGCCUGUUUGCAUAAAAUGCAUGUGGAAAACAGACAGGAAAAAACUUGAUAGAAUGUGCGCCCUGUUUUUUUUUCCUUCAACACGGCGACGUUUGAAAUCCAAGUGCGCCUCCAAAUGGUAUAAAGGAGAAAUCGCAGAUUUCAUACACAGAGGUGUUUCUAUAGCAACCUUCCAGACUGUUCCGUAUCCUUCAACAUCGACGAUACAUUUUGUUGCCUUAAGUUAGGCUACGUGAAGGAACGUCUGUAUUGUUGGGCUUGUUUAUUGCUUUCGAUUAUGCUGCUUAUGAAACCGACUAAAGAUAAUGUAAACAAGUUCCAUCAGAUUAUGAGACAGUUUUUGUUUUUUGGCAGCUAAAUCGCGUCUGGUCUGCUCUGCCUCCGUGCUCUGGGCUUGAUAUAGCCUACUCGUCCUAAAUAAUAUUGCUAUCAUAUUCAAUAUUACAGUAUAGGUCUCACUAAAUAAUAAACUAAAUUACAUGGUACAAAUAACGCUUCCCUUGCGUAAAGGGGCAUUUUGAUUUCCCUGCACCCAGACAUGAUGUGUUUCAAAUGAUUAAACCACAACUGCCAGUACAUGUAAAGGACAUCACACAGACCCUCACCUUCAGUAACAAUGUGAGCUCAUGGAGAGGAAUCAUACCGCUGAACAUGGUACUGAGUCUUGUGGAGAGCAAAGUCAGCCUUCCACAUGGUUGGAUUAAGCGGCUGUGCCUGCCAGUGAAAGGGACAGUGAACAGUCACGUCUGGUCAUGGAACAGAGCAAAUUCUGAAACCCUGUUUUUCACCUGUGGUGUAGUGGAUUAUUUCCCCAAACACCAUUGAGGAAUAUCCUGCAAAACUGUAAGGGGGAUGGAGGGAGAUGCACUCGAACAACCGCCCUUGCCUUCCUGUCACCUCUUCACUGCGGGACUGUACACUCAUUCUCUCUCACUCUCUCUCUCUCUCUCUCUCUCUCUCUCACUUUCUCUCUCUGUCUCAUACACAUGCAGGACUCGGGGAGUGUCAUUCUAAACGAUAGGUGUACUCCGCGUGCCACAGAAAACACACACACACACAGAGAGAGAAGAUGAACACUCGGAAGUCUAUGCACGCCUCGGUUGUCCUAGACUUCGCUGAUGGACUCGCGGACACAGAGGCCUCUCUAAACUUCUGCUGAGGAAGAGCACGAUCUACAGACUUUUUUCUUUUAAAAAAACCAUCCGCCGAUAUCCAGGACAGCAUAGGAGGCAACGGACAAAAAGACAAAACAAAAACAAGCACGGAGGCGGCUUGCAGGGCAGGAACCCAAGGUACCGAGGAUGUUACUUGAAUCACAACACACCAUACAUACACACAUACAUCACAUACAGUACACUAAUUACGAAACCAUUAAGGCAUUCAAGAUUACUUUAGUCUUGGGGGGAAAACACGUGCUCCUCUUGCGGAGGAGAGACAGGUGACCGUGUGUGAGAAACUGUAGGUACACAUCAAGACUAUGUGGGUGUAUAUGUACACUUCAUAUCGUGCUAUACCAAAUCAUAUUACUGCAUGCUUGAAAAAUAAGGCAUGUAAACAUCGAUUACAAACAAAGUUAGAUGCUUCUCAUUAUACAUCACCUGCUUUGGCACCAGUAGUCAAAAUUGUGGGAACAAGGACUGAGCUCAUGGAUAUCAUCAUUAAACCAAUCAUUUGUCUUGUUUUCACAGGCGAGGUUUAUGCAGUUAAAUCUCUAUUUUUUUAAAGUACCAUGUGUGUUUUGUAUACAUGGGGAUUGGUUUAUUACCUUCAUUUUAUUUAGAGCAUUUUUCUUGCAAAUGAAUGAUUUCACCCCCCCCCCCCCCCCCCCCUUUUUAUGUUUCCCCCCAUGUCUUUUUAAGGGAGUUAACAUUAAUGAAGGGAAUAUGUGGUGAUAGUAAAUUGGCUUCCCGUUUUGACCUUGCCCUUUGACCUCCCCCAGACCCCCUUCUGUCUCAUUUGAAAUGCAAGUGUGCUGCAGGCUCUCAUCCUAAGAGAAGACAUGAUGUCUCUUCAACAACUGUGAUUGUCAGUGUGUGUGUGUGUGUGUGUGUGUGUGUGUGUGUGUGUCAUAUUACAAGUUGGAUCAGAAUGCUGUAUCUGUUGUCAAAGGCAUCUACCUCAGUGUCCACUCACGUCCAUCGUUAUUCAAAGAAAGCUGGAAAGAAUGCUUUUUUUGAAAAACACACAAACACACAGGGUGAAUGAGAGAGGAGAAGGAAAAGAAAGAAAGAAAGAAAAAAAGAAAGAAAGAAAGAAAUUAAGAAAGAGAGACUUCUUCAGACAGCUUUAGAUGUCAAAACAAGCCACCUGUCCAACUCGUCACUCUCCAUCACUUUUCAUUGUCCUGAUUGUCUGGUAUUUGUGCUGUAAUGCCUGAAUGAAAACAAUCGGUUCUCACUAGUAAUUUAGUGUGCUUGAUCGUGUCCCCUUUCAAAAAAGAAGCACUGGUUUAAAUGGUGGUGUAAGCAUUUUAUCGCAGUGGUGAUGGUGUUCAUACUGCAUAUCCUUACUAUGAGUAUGAUUUCUAAAUGGUUGUAGUUGGUCAAAGGUCAAUGCUUGUUUUAUGCAAUUUGUUCCUCAAAUCCCUUUGACUUGUGUGCAGAGAGGAAUAAUAGGAUGAAAGCAUAUCAAUGAAAACACCAAUGGCUGAGUUGAAAAAAGAAAAGUUUAUUUUUUUUUCAUAUAAGUGAAUAUAAUAUAGAUGUAUUUGAGUAAUAGUGUAUCAUUUCAGAGACAUUGAGAAGCCUGUGCCUAUUGUGCGUGAUAUUUUUAUAUGCAUUUAUGAGGGAAGUUGCAAUAAUGUGUGGGGAAGGCCCGACCGCUUCAGGAAACAGCCUUUUACUUUUUGGAGAUGCGUUGCCUCCAGACAAUUGAUGGCCCAGACUUGGUGAUUUGUUUUUCAAGACCCUAGAAACUAUAGUAUCUUGAGUUUUAUCCCAAAACAGCUUUCCUGUAAGUAAGAAGCACUUGUUUCCUGGAUGCGGGUCUGGCCAACACUGAGACUGAAGUUGAAUCUUUUAUUUGCUAAACCAGGCAUAAAUACCCUGGUCAUGUCAACAUCACUGACCCUGUCUAUCACUGACUUGCACAACUCAUGACUGUGUUAACAUAGAGGAAACGUUGACAGGCAAAGCAUUUAAGCAAUAGUACAAUUGCACCAAACAGCCAUGCCAUUUCAAACCCUCAUCAUCACUGAUUCUGAGGUCUUCCUUGUGGAAGCAUGAUGCAUCUGUUUCAUUUUAUUGUUAUUCUUUUAUUCUUUCUUUUUUUUUAAAUUAAUUUUUCUAAAUAUUGUCAUCAAUUUGGACAUUUCCUCUUUUCAUUUAUGAUCUAUUUUUGAUAAAUAAAUUUUUUGAUUGGU